AUGGAGGAGUUUCUGCACAAGGCAAAACAAGGUUGGAUGAUGAAUCCCAUGAUAGAUGGGAGUGAGUUCAAUGCAUAUUGUGAUGUGAUGUGGAGGGCGCUGCAAGAUGAAGUGUGGAGACUGAAAGAACAGGAAAAGAACAUUCAGCGGAAGUUGAUACAGCUACAGCUGGGAGAACUGCGAAGCAGAAACAAAGUACAGACUCAGGCCGCAAUGGUGGCCACCUCUAAGGGGGACACUGCAAAAGAGACCCAGCGAUGCAAACUGUGCAGACGCUAA